AUGGGGGAGAGGGCGGGACCAGUCAGGAGACAGGGGAGAGGCGGGCCAGUCAGGAGACAUGGGGGAGAGGGCGGGACCAGUCAGGAGACAUGGGGGAGAGGGCGGGACCAGUCAGGGGGAGACAUGGGGGGGAGAGGGGCGGGACCAGUCAGGAGACAUGGGGAGAGGGCGGGACCAGUCAGGAGACAUGGGAGAGAGGGCGGGACCAGUCAGGAGACAUGGGGGAGAGGGCGGGACCAGUCAGGAGACAUGGGGGAGAGGGCGGGACCAGUCAGGAGACAUGGGGGAGAGGGCGGGACCAGUCAGGAGACAUGGGGGAGAGGGCGGGACCAGUCAGGAGACAUGGGGGAGAGGGCGGGACCAGUCAGGAGACAUGGGGGAGAGGGGCGGGACCAGUCAGGAGACAUGGGGAGAGGGCGGGACCAGUCAGGAGACAUGGGGGAGAGGGCGGGACCAGUCAGGAGACAUGGGGGAGAGGGCGGGACCAGUCAGGAGACAUGGGGGAGAGGGCGGGACCAGUCAGGAGACAUGGGGGAGAGGGCGGGACCACAGUGGGCAGGGAGACAUGGGGGAGAGGGCGGGACCAGUCAGGAGACAUGGGGGAGAGGGCGGGACCAGUCAGGAGACAUGGGGGAGAGGGCGGGACCAGUCAGGAGACAUGGGGGAGAGGGCGGGACCAGUCAGGAGACAUGGGGGAGAGGGCGGGACCAGUCAGGAGACAUGGGGGAGAGGGCGGGACCAGUCAGGAGACAUGGGGGAGAGGGCGGGACCAGUCAGGAGACAUGGGGAGAGGGGCGGGACCAGUCAGGAGACAUGGGGGAGAGGGGCGGGACCAGUCAGGAGACAUGGGGAGAGGGGGCGGGACCAGUCAGGAGACAUGGGGGAGAGGGCGGGACCAGUCAGGAGACAUGGGGGAGAGGGGCGGGACCAGUCAGGAGACAUGGGGGAGAGGGCGGGACCAGUCAGGAGACAUGGGGGAGAGGGCGGGACCAGUCAGGAGACAUGGGGAGAGGGGCGGGACCAGUCAGGAGACAUGGGGAGAGGGCGGGACCAGUCAGGAGACAUGGGGGAGAGGGGCGGGACCAGUCAGGAGACAUGGGGGAGAGGGCGGGACCAGUCAGGAGACAUGGGGAGAGGGGCGGGACCAGUCAGGAGACAUGGGGAGAGGGGCGGGACCAGUCAGGAGACAUGGGGGAGAGGGCGGGACCAGUCAGGAGACAUGGGGGAGAGGGCGGGACCAGUCAGGAGACAUGGGGGAGAGGGCGGGACCAGUCAGGAGACAUGGGGAGAGGGCGGGACCAGUCAGGAGACAUGGGGGAGAGGGCGGGACCAGUCAGGAGACAUGGGGGAGAGGGGCGGGGGACCAGUCAGGAGACAUGGGGGAGAGGGGCGGGACCAGUCAGGAGACAUGGGGAGAGGGGGCGGGACCAGUCAGGAGACAUGGGGGAGAGGGGCGGGACCAGUCAGGAGACAUGGGGGAGAGGGCGGGACCAGUCAGGAGACAUGGGGAUGGAGACUGGGGAGAGGGCGGGACCAGUCAGGAGACAUGGGGGAGAGGGGCGGGACCAGUCAGGAGACAUGGGGGAGAGGGCGGGACCAGUCAGGAGACAUGGGGGAGAGGGCGGGACCAGUCAGGAGACAUGGGGGAGAGGGCGGGACCAGUCAGGAGACAUGGGGGAGAGGGCGGGACCAGUCAGGAGACAUGGGGGAGAGAGGGCGGGACCAGUCAGGAGACAUGGGGGAGAGGGCGGGACCAGUCAGGAGACAUGGGGAGAGGGCGGGACCAGUCAGGAGACAUGGGGGAGAGGGGCGGGACCAGUCAGGAGACAUGGGGGAGAGGGGCGGGACCAGUCAGGAGACAUGGGGGAGAGGGCGGGACCAGUCAGGAGACAUGGGGGAGAGGGCGGGACCAGUCAGGAGACAUGGGGGAGAGGGGCGGGACCAGUCAGGAGACAUGGGGGAGAGGGCGGGACCAGUCAGGAGACAUGGGGGAGAGGGCGGGACCAGUCAGGAGACAUGGGGGAGAGGGCGGGACCAGUCAGGAGACAUGGGGAGAGGGGCGGGACCAGUCAGGAGACAUGGGGGAGAGGGCGGGACCAGUCAGGAGACAUGGGGGAGAGGGCGGGACCAGUCAGGAGACAUGGGGGAGAGGGCGGGACCAGUCAGGAGACAUGGGGGAGAGGGGCGGGACCAGUCAGGAGACAUGGGGAGGGGCGGGACCAGUCAGGAGACAUGGGGGAGAGGGGCGGGACCAGUCAGGAGACAUGGGGGAGAGGGCGGGACCAGUCAGGAGACAUGGGGGAGAGGGGCGGGACCAGUCAGGAGACAUGGGGGAGAGGGGCGGGACCAGUCAGGAGACAUGGGGGAGAGGGCGGGACCAGUCAGGAGACAUGGGGGAGAGGGGCGGGACCAGUCAGGAGACAUGGGGGAGAGGGCGGGACCAGUCAGGAGACAUGGGGAGAGGGCGGGACCAGUCAGGAGACAUGGGGGAGAGGGCGGGACCAGUCAGGAGACAUGGGGGAGAGGGCGGGACCAGUCAGGAGACAUGGGGGAGAGGGGCGGGACCAGUCAGGAGACAUGGGGGAGAGGGCGGGACCAGUCAGGAGACAUGGGGGAGAGGGGCGGGACCAGUCAGGAGACAUGGGGGAGAGGGGCGGGACCAGUCAGGAGACAUGGGGGAGAGGGCGGGACCAGUCAGGAGACAUGGGGGAGAGGGCGGGACCAGUCAGGAGACAUGGGGGAGAGGGCGGGACCAGUCAGGAGACAUGGGGGAGAGGGGGCGGGACCAGUCAGGAGACAUGGGGAGAGGGGCGGGACCAGUCAGGAGACAUGGGGGAGAGGGGCGGGACCAGUCAGGAGACAUGGGGGAGAGGGCGGGACCAGUCAGGAGACAUGGGGGAGAGGGGGGGGACCAGUCAGGAGACAUGGGGGAGAGGGCGGGACCAGUCAGGAGACAUGGGGGAGAGGGCGGGACCAGUCAGGAGACAUGGGGGAGAGGGCGGGACCAGUCAGGAGACAUGGGGGAGAGGGCGGGACCAGUCAGGAGACAUGGGGGAGAGGGCGGGACCAGUCAGGAGACAUGGGGGAGAGGGCGGGACCAGUCAGGAGACAUGGGGGAGAGGGCGGGACCAGUCAGGAGACAUGGGGGAGAGGGCGGGACCAGUCAGGAGACAUGGGGGAGAGGGCGGGACCAGUCAGGAGACAUGGGGGAGAGGGCGGGACCAGUCAGGAGACAUGGGGGAGAGGGCGGGACCAGUCAGGAGACAUGGGGGAGAGGGGCGGGACCAGUCAGGAGACAUGGGGGAGAGGGCGGGACCAGUCAGGAGACAUGGGGAGAGGGGCGGGACCAGUCAGGAGACAUGGGGGAGAGGGCGGGACCAGUCAGGAGACAUGGGGGAGAGGGCGGGACCAGUCAGGAGACAUGGGGGAGAGGGGCGGGACCAGUCAGGAGACAUGGGGGAGAGGGCGGGACCAGUCAGGAGACAUGGGGGAGAGGGCGGGACCAGUCAGGAGACAUGGGGGAGAGGGCGGGACCAGUCAGGAGACAUGGGGGAGAGGGCGGGACCAGUCAGGAGACAUGGGGGAGAGGGCGGGACCAGUCAGGAGACAUGGGGGAGAGGGCGGGACCAGUCAGGAGACAUGGGGGAAGAGGGCGGGACCAGUCAGGAGACAUGGGGGAGAGGGCGGGACCAGUCAGGAGACAUGGGGAGAGGGCGGGACCAGUCAGGAGACAUGGGGGAGAGGGCGGGACCAGUCAGGAGACAUGGGGAGAGGGCGGGACCAGUCAGGAGACAUGGGGGAGAGGGCGGGACCAGUCAGGAGACAUGGGGGAGAGGGCGGGACCAGUCAGGAGACAUGGGGGAGAGGGGCGGGACCAGUCAGGAGACAUGGGGAGAGGGGCGGGACCAGUCAGGAGACAUGGGGGAGAGGGGCGGGGCCAGUCAGGAGACAUGGGGGAGAGGGCGGGACCAGUCAGGAGACAUGGGGGAGAGGGCGGGACCAGUCAGGAGACAUGGGGGAGAGGGCGGGACCAGUCAGGAGACAUGGGGGAGAGGGCGGGACCAGUCAGGAGACAUGGGGGAGAGGGGCGGGACCAGUCAGGAGACAUGGGGGAGAGGGCGGGACCAGUCAGGAGACAUGGGGGAGAGGGCGGGACCAGUCAGGAGACAUGGGGGAGAGGGGGGGGGCGGACCAGUCAGGAGACAUGGGGGAGAGGGCGGGACCAGUCAGGAGACAUGGGGGAGAGGGGCGGGACCAGUCAGGAGACAUGGGGGAGAGGGCGGGACCAGUCAGGAGACAUGGGGAGAGGGGCGGGACCAGUCAGGAGACAUGGGGGAGAGGGCGGGACCAGUCAGGAGACAUGGGGGAGAGGGGCGGGACCAGUCAGGAGACAUGGGGGAGAGGGCGGGACCAGUCAGGAGACAUGGGGGAGAGGGCGGGACCAGUCAGGAGACAUGGGGGAGAGGGGCGGGACCAGUCAGGAGACAUGGGGGAGAGGGGGGGGACCAGUCAGGAGACAUGGGGGAGAGGGCGGGACCAGUCAGGAGACAUGGGGGAGAGGGCGGGACCAGUCAGGAGACAUGGGGGAGAGGGCGGGACCAGUCAGGAGACAUGGGGGAGAGGGGCGGGACCAGUCAGGAGACAUGGGGGAGAGGGGCGGGACCAGUCAGGAGACAUGGGGGAGAGGGCGGGACCAGUCAGGAGACAUGGGGAGAGGGGCGGGACCAGUCAGGAGACAGUGGGGGGGAGAGGGCGGGACCAGUCAGGAGACAUGGGGGAGAGGGCGGGACCAGUCAGGAGACAUGGGGGAGAGGGCGGGACCAGUCAGGAGACAUGGGGGAGAGGGCGGGACCAGUCAGGAGACAUGGGGAGAGGGGCGGGACCAGUCAGGAGACAUGGGGAGAGGGCGGGGUAGGAGACAUGGGGGAGAGGGCGGGACCAGUCAGGAGACAUGGGGGAGAGGGCGGGACCAGUCAGGAGACAUGGGGAGAGGGCGGGACCAGUCAGGAGACAUGGGGAGAGGGGCGGGACCAGUCAGGAGACAUGGGGGAGAGGGCGGGACCAGUCAGGAGACAUGGGGAGAGGGCGGGACCAGUCAGGAGACAUGGGGAGAGGGGCGGGACCAGUCAGGAGACAUGGGGGAGAGGGCGGGACCAGUCAGGAGACAUGGGGGAGAGGGCGGGACCAGUCAGGAGACAUGGGGGAGAGGGCGGGACCAGUCAGGAGACAUGGGUGAGAGGGCGGGACCAGUCAGGAGACAUGGGGGAGAGGGCGGGACCAGUCAGGAGACAUGGGGGAGAGGGCGGGACCAGUCAGGAGACCAGUCAGGAGACAUGGGGAGAGGGGCGGGACCAGUCAGGAGACAUGGGGGAGAGGGCGGGACCAGUCAGGAGACAUGGGGGAGAGGGGCGGGACCAGUCAGGAGACAUGGGGGAGAGGGCGGGACCAGUCAGGAGACAUGGGGGAGAGGGCGGGACCAGUCAGGAGACAUGGGGAGAGGGCGGGACCAGUCAGGAGACAUGGGGGAGAGGGCGGGACCAGUCAGGAGACAUGGGGGAGACAUGGGGAGGGGGGGGACCAGUCAGGAGACAUGGGGGAGAGGGCGGGACCAGUCAGGAGACAUGGGGGAGAGGGGCGGGACCAGUCAGGAGACAUGGGGGAGAGGGCGGGGGACCCAGUCAGGAGACAUGGGGGAGAGGGCGGGACCAGUCAGGAGACAUGGGGAGAGGGCGGGACCAGUCAGGAGACAUGGGGGAGAGGGCGGGACCAGUCAGGAGACAUGGGGGAGAGGGGCGGGACCAGUCAGGAGACAUGGGGGAGAGGGCGGGACCAGUCAGGAGACAUGGGGGAGAGGGCGGGACCAGUCAGGAGACAUGGGGGAGAGGGGCGGGACCAGUCAGGAGACAUGGGGGAGAGGGGCGGGACCAGUCAGGAGACAUGGGGGAGAGGGGCGGGACCAGUCAGGAGACAUGGGGGAGAGGGGCGGGACCAGUCAGGAGACAUGGGGGAGAGGGCGGGACCAGUCAGGAGACAUGGGGGAGAGGGCGGGACCAGUCAGGAGACAUGGGGGAGAGGGCGGGACCAGUCAGGAGACAUGGGGGAGAGGGGCGGGACCAGUCAGGAGACAUGGGGGAGAGGGCGGGACCAGUCAGGAGACAUGGGGGAGAGGGCGGGACCAGUCAGGAGACAUGGGGGAGAGGGCGGGACCAGUCAGGAGACAUGGGGGAGAGGGGCGGGACCAGUCAGGAGACAUGGGGAGAGGGACAGUCAGGAGAGGGGAGGGGCGGGACCAGUCAGGAGACAUGGGGGAGAGGGCGGGACCAGUCAGGAGACAUGGGGGAGAGGGCGGGACCAGUCAGGAGACAUGGGGGAGAGGGCGGGACCAGUCAGGAGACAUGGGGGAGGGGCGGGACCAGUCAGGAGACAUGGGGGAGAGGGCGGGACCAGUCAGGAGACAUGGGGGAGAGGGCGGGACCAGUCAGGAGACAUGGGGGAGAGGGGGGGACCAGUCAGGAGACAUGGGGGAGAGGGCGGGACCAGUCAGGAGACAUGGGUGAGAGGGCGGGACCAGUCAGGAGACAUGGGGGAGAGGGGCGGGACCAGUCAGGAGACAUGGGGGAGAGGGCGGGACCAGUCAGGAGACAUGGGGGAGAGGGCGGGACCAGUCAGGAGACAUGGGGGAGAGGGCGGGACCAGUCAGGAGACAUGGGGGAGAGGGCGGGGGGACCAGUCAGGAGACAUGGGGGAGAGGGCGGGACCAGUCAGGAGACAUGGGGAGAGGGCGGGACCAGUCAGGAGACAUGGGGGAGAGGGCGGGACCAGUCAGGAGACAUGGGGGAGAGGGGCGGGACCAGUCAGGAGACAUGGGGGAGAGGGCGGGACCAGUCAGGAGACAUGGGGGAGAGGGCGGGACCAGUCAGGAGACAUGGGGAGAGGGCGGGACCAGUCAGGAGACAUGGGAGGGGGGGCCAGUCAGGAGACAUGGGGAGAGGGGCGGGACCAGUCAGGAGACAUGGGGGAGAGGGCGGGACCAGUCAGGAGACAUGGGGGAGAGGGCGGGACCAGUCAGGAGACAUGGGGGAGAGGGGCGGGACCAGUCAGGAGACAUGGGGAGAGGGCGGGACCAGUCAGGAGACAUGGGGAGAGGGCGGGACCAGUCAGGAGACAUGGGGGAGAGGGCGGGACCAGUCAGGAGACAUGGGGGAGAGGGCGGGACCAGUCAGGAGACAUGGGGGAGAGGGGCGGGACCAGUCAGGAGACAUGGGGGAGGGGCGGAGAGGGCGGGGACCAGUCAGGAGACAUGGGGGAGGGGCGGGACCAGUCAGGAGACAUGGGGGAGAGGGCGGGACCAGUCAGGAGACAUGGGGGAGAGGGCGGGACCAGUCAGGAGACAUGGGGGAGAGGGGGCGGGACCAGUCAGGAGACAUGGGGGAGAGGGCGGGACCAGUCAGGAGACAUGGGGGAGAGGGGCGGGGACCAGUCAGGAGACAUGGGGGAGAGGGCGGGACCAGUCAGGAGACAUGGGGGAGAGGGCGGGACCAGUCAGGAGACAAUGGGGGAGAGGGCGGGACCAGUCAGGAGACAUGGGGGAGAGGGCGGGACCAGUCAGGAGACAUGGGGGAGAGGGCGGGACCAGUCAGGAGACAUGGGGGAGAGGGCGGGACCAGUCAGGAGACAUGGGGGAGAGGCGGACAGUCAGGAGCAUGGGGGAGAGGGGGACCAGUCAGGAGACAUGGGGAGAGAGGGCGGGACCAGUCAGGAGACAUGGGGGAGAGGGCGGGACCAGUCAGGAGACAUGGGGGAGAGGGCGGGACCAGUCAGGAGACAUGGGGGAGAGGGCGGGACCAGUCAGGAGACAUGGGGGAGAGGGCGGGACCAGUCAGGAGACAUGGGGGAGAGGGCGGGACCAGUCAGGAGACAUGGGGGAGAGGGCGGGACCAGUCAGGAGACAUGGGGGAGAGGGCGGGACCAGUCAGGAGACAUGGGAGAGAGGGCGGGACCAGUCAGGAGACAUGGGGGAGAGGGCGGGACCAGUCAGGAGACAUGGGGGAGAGGGCGGGACCAGUCAGGAGACAUGGGGAAAGGGGCGGGACCAGUCAGGAGACAUGGGGGAGAGGGGCGGGACCAGUCAGGAGACAUGGGGAAAGGGGCGGGGCCAGUCAGGAGACAUGGGGGAGAGGGCGGGACCAGUCAGGAGACAUGGGAGAGAGGGCGGGACCAGUCAGGAGACAUGGGGGAGAGGGCGGGACCAAAGAGGAUUUGUAG